AUGGAUUUCCUGAGAUCCAUUCUACCAGCUGGAUUGAGUGACAUGGAGAAUUAUAUCACCAAAAGCGUCACUCGUACUUCUCUCCUUGGCGUCUGCCUUGUUGUACUUCUAGCUCGUUGGAUCUUAACCAAACGCCAGCUCCCACCAGGUCCAUGGGCUCUCCCGAUAAUCGGCCACUAUAAACUUUUGCUUGACCCGAAAAUACACGAGGCUUGUGCACGACUCUCCGAUAGGUACGGACCAGUAGUCACUGUACAAUUUGGUCCUACAAAAACCGUUAUCCUUAACACCAUUGAGACUGUGAUGGAGGCUUUGGUUAAAAGGCGUGCAGACUUCGCCGGGAGACCUCCAGUUCCCUCAGGAAUGCAACUGUCUGAAGGCGGUAAGGACAUACUGAUGGCACAGUAUACUCCAACUCUAAAACUCCAUCGUAAAAUAGCCGGGUCUGCCCUCAGAAACUACCUUAAGGGACCUCGACUCCAGGCGGCAGUACAGGACUCUAUGGGACAAUUUCUAAAGUUGGUCGAGGAAACAAACGGGAAACCAUUCGUUCCGCAUGCGUUUGUAGACCUUGUGCUGUUUAACAUGCUGUGCGGUGUUUGCUAUCAAAAAAUAUACAAAUUUGAUGACCCGAAGUUCAAGCAUUACGCAGACAUAGACAACCAGUACACUGCAGAAUUUGGAAUGGGACUAAUGGAAGACCUGUACCCCAUUUUGGCGAAAGUUUGGCCUACUCAACGAUACAAGAAAGUUGUGUGGUUAUUUGGACAGCUUCUUCAGUUUGUAAACGAAGAACUAGAAGCACACAAACGGGACUUCGAUGAAGGUAAUAUCCGGGACUUUACUGAUUGUCUUAUACUGGCGAGGAAAGAGGCCGAGAAGGAAGACGAUCCCGAAGUCUUGAGUCAGCUUACAAAUGUUCACAUCAGACAGACAAUUUCUGAUAUAUUCUUGGGGGGGCUUGAUACCUCCAGAUUCACAAUUCAGUGGGUAAUCCUAUACAUGGCCGAUAACCAGCACGUGCAGAGGAAAGUACAGGAGGAACUAGACAGAGUAGUUGGACGGGACCGCCUUCCUGAGGUAGACGAUCGGCCAUACCUUCCCUACACCGAGGCAACGCUUUACGAAGUGAUGAGGAUUGCAUCCGUAGUACCGCUGGGAAUGCCACAUACGGCCAUGGUAGACUCCAGUGUUGGUGGAUACACCAUACCAGAAGGUACUAUGAUUUUUAUAAACCACUGGGCAUUACAUAAUGACCCUCGUCACUGGAAAGAGCCAUCGAAGUUUGACCCCGAGCGGUUUUUGAAUUCUGACGGCACGUUGGCGAGGAAACCAGAGAGCUGGCUUCCGUUUUCCGCCGGAAGGAGAGCUUGUAUCGGAGAGUCUGUCGCUGUACCUGAACUCCUGCUCAUAUUUUCGAUUUUAAUGCACCAGCUUAGCAUUAAACUGCCACCAGGUGUCGUCGCGGACUACUCGCCAGAAUCUUCCGGCGUUAUCGGUUACACAGCCAAUAGAUACAAAAUUGUGGCCGAAAAGAGGUUCUAAAUAGGAUGGAUUCAGCAUUCCCGGAAUAGCUUAAUACAUAAUACAUGAAUAUACUUCGGAAGAAUAUCUUUAAUUUGUAGUUAUGCAUAUAUCGGAUAUGUAAAUAUAUAUAUAUAUAUAUAUUACACAGAAUAAAGUAUAAUAGUAUUAUAGAUGUGCUUAGAUACCAAAUUGUAGAGCACUUUGUCAACUUUGA